AUGGGCCUCGUUACCGAAGUAGUCCUUAUAGGACAUUUGCUAUUUCCAGCCGCGGAAGCAGUUCAACUUUGGACUGCACCAGCUGCUAUUCCUACGACUGUACCCGCAGCGUGCCGUGCGGCCUUGGUACAGAACAUCACGUGUAACUAUGGUGAAAAUAGUCUCGUCACGGCUGCGCAAGCGGCCAAUGGACUGGCACUUAUCAGCAGCGAGGCUACCACGUAUUGCACAACAAGUUGUUAUCAAUCUUUGAAGACAUUCCAGACCAACGUUGAUACCAAGUGUGGCAGCACGGAGUACACGCUGUAUUUUAAUAGUAGUUAUACUCAGUCGGCUGCAGCUCUCGCCGACAGUUUGAGCUGGGCAUAUGAUCUAAUCUGUAUUAAAGAUGCAUCGGGCUUUUGUCUUUGGGAUCUGUACGCCGGAAAUGAGACGGCAUGUUCUGACUGUGCCCUCAAGUACGGAGCCGCGUUGCUGAGCUCCGAUUAUGGGAGAGCAAAACUCAGUCCGGACAGCUUUUCCUCUACGCUCUCAUCUUGCAGUGCAGAUCCUAAAAGCUAUACUUACACGUAUUCCUCGACAACAACGUCGACAGCAACUGCAAACACAACGACGCCAACAUCGACUCCGUCUUGCACCGGGAAAACAUACACCGUGCAGUCUUCUGAUACGUGCCAGUCUAUUUCCAAGGGGAAUGCAGUAGGCACUGAUCUCAUGAUCAAUCGUAACCAUUUGGACUAUAACUGUAGCGCUCUUUCGACAGGCAUGUCCCUGUGCUUACAGGACACCUGCACCAUUUACACACUCGGGGUAAAUGAGACCUGCGACAGACUACUGAAGGGUAAAUCCUUCACGACUAUCCAGCUGGUCUCCUGGAACCCUACGAUUCAUACUAAUUGCGAUAACCUUGCGUCUAUGGAAGGACGAAGCAUAUGUCUCUCGCCACCAGGAGGUGGGACGUUUGAGUAUAAUUCUUCCCUUAGCCAUGCGCUCCUACCAACACUUAAUUCCUCCUUCAUCACGAACUGGGUUUCCGCUACAGGCCUGAUUCCGACUACCAACUUUACCACAUCAUGGUACUCAUCAGUCUUCAACUCGACUGCCACAGCGUCUAUAACAAGCACUGCCUCUUACAAUGAGACACUUGCGUCUGAGCUAGCCCAGCAGACCAAGUACUGCUGGCUCACCGACGACGACUUAGGUAAUCUCGACGAGGAGGAAUAUACCGAGGGCUGCCAGAGCCUGAUGGAUGAGUAUUGCUUCCCAACUCCCGGUGCCCCGGUGCCGCCCUCGCCCAGCCGCAUACCCUCCCAGUGUACACCGGACCGUAGCACAGACGUCACCGGGACUUCGACUAGCAGCAGCGCGCCUGGCGCCACACCGACACCAUACCAGGCCGGUAUGAUUUCCAACUGCAAGAAAUUCUAUAAGGUCCUGAGUGGGGAUACUUGUCAGAAGAUUGCCGAUUCUUCCUCUAUUACCCUGACACAGUUUUACGGAUGGAAUCCUGCCGUAGGCGAUAGUUGCGAAUCGCUAUUUCUUGGCUAUUAUGUUUGCGUUGGCGCCUAG